CAGAAUGUAGAAAGAGCCACAGAAAUAUCUUGACUGUAGAGAGGAAGGACAGACAGAUCAGUGAGAUCACCAGGGAACUGAAUUGCAUGUGGAGGAAGUAAGAAAGAAAGAAAAGGGGACGUCUAAACUUAGCUUUCACUCAUAGCUGUAAACCACUGGAAGUAUAAGAUUGCCAAGAUGGAUCCAGUAAACUCUAACACAACUAAUGGAAGCGAGACGAUCUUGAGCAACACCAGUGGAGCGGUCACUGGCACGUUGAUCCUUGGCCUUGUGUUCCUCCUCGGCGUCCCCGGGAACGUCUUCAUCAUCUGGAGCAUCUUGGCUCGAGCGCGGCGUCGCUCCAUCACCAUCCUUCUGAUCCUGAACCUCGCCUUCGCCGAUGGCUUCCUCAUGUUGCUGACGCCUUUCUUCAUGGUUUAUUUGUUUCAGCGCAGUUGGAUCUUCGGCUUAUUGCUGUGCAAAGUCCUGUUCUACCUCUGCUGUGCCAACAUGUACGCUUCCAUAUUUCUGAUCAUGCUGAUGAGUCUCCACAGGCUGGUGGCAAUAGUGUGGCCGAAGAGUGUUGGUGUGCUGACGGACCGCAGGAUGCUCACGCAGCUGCUGGCAGGACUCUGGGUGCUCGCUUUGGGACUCUCUGUGCCCGUUUUGGUUUUCAGGAACAUCAAAGAGGUCAACAAAGAGUCUCAGAGUCUUGUGUGUGACUGCUUUCAUCCACAACCACGAUAUGAGGUGAUGCAGUAUGGUAUGGAAACAUUACUGGGCUUCUUGUUGCCAUACGGCGUGAUCAUAGGCAGUUACGUGUGCAUCCUGCGCAGAAUACGCAAGACACGCUUUCGCAGACGCAUCCGGAGCGAGAAACUGAUCCUGGUGAUCAUCAUCUCCUUCGGACUCUUCUGGCUGCCGUACCACAUCAUUAACAUGGUGCAGGUGGCUGCUGCUUUAUAUCCAGAAGAUUCUCCCACAAAAAAAAACCUAAAACACAUCAGGGCGAAGAUGCGAGCACUCACCUCUACCGUGGCCUUCGUCAGCAGCUGCAUAAACCCCGUCCUCUACACCUUCGCUGGGAAGUCGUUCAUCCGGCGGGAGGGCCUGGCCUUCAUGGCACGGCUGUUCGAUGGAACGGCGCUGGAAACGACGCGAAGGACCCGGCGCAGCAACCAGAACAGCCGCGAUCGAGAGAAAGACACCGAUGAAGGAGAAAGUCUCAAAGACAAAGACUCGGAUUCCACCACCACCCCCACUAAUGCAAACUCGGUUAAUAAAGUUGUGCCACAGAAAAAUGGUAAGUGAGCAUCUGGCUGCGGCGUGUUAAGGGGAACUCAAUCUACAGUGAGAGCGUCGGGCUGUGUGUUGUUCCAGUGUUUCAUGGUGGGUAAAUCAGGACAGCUUGUGCUUUUCUAACAGAGGGAGGUCAAUCCAAGCUUAUAUCAUAAAAUACAAACUGUACCAAUUGUGUACCCAAAAACAAAAGAGAACUAAAGACUCAGUGUCAAACCAUCACCAGACCGAGAACUGAGACGGCCACACAAGUUUUACACAUUGACUAAUGGGCUAAACAAGGAACAGGAUCUAACUUCUAAAACAUGACAAAGAAAGCCCACAAAUCCCACCUGGGAUACUUCAUGUGUUUUUCCACUAGAGGGCACCACACAACUGAGAGAGAGCUGAACCAUUCAGAUCAUGCCAGAGUAAGACCACCUGCAUGGAGGGGUCCAGCGAUUCAAGACUGAGAGGGUAAACGUUGGGUUGACACUGAAAUCAAGAGAGAACCUAGUAUCCAAGUCCUGUUUUCUUUUCAAAUUAAUUUCACUUUUCCAUGACAUUUCCAGCAGUGCAUGGUCAACUUUUAAGGAUUUUGUUACAAGAUUUGACAGGUUGCACUCAAAUAGAUACUUUACAACUGUAUUAUAUAUACAAAUAAAAAUACAUUGAAAUUGCCAUGACAUUUUGAGUGAACCCAUAUGACAGUAAAGGAGGGUGAAUCAGGCUGUGAGACUUUUUUUUGGUCAUUGCAACAAUGAAUGAGGUAAAUCAAAGUUUAAAGAUUUAUGUAUUUACUUAUGUCUGAACCAUUAAAAAAAAUAAAUAAACAUACUAUAUUAUCAGUCAUAUUAAAUGCAAUGAUUUCGUGUUAAAGGGACAGUUUACACAAAAAUGAAAAUCACCCCAUGAUUUACUCACCACAAGGGGUGUAGGAUUUUCUACUUUCAGAUGAAUGCCAUCUGAGUUAUAUUAAAAAUGUCAUGGCUCUUCAAGCUGUCUAAUGGCAGUGAAUAGUCAUCAACAUUUUUAAGCAAAAUAAAUCCAUUCAUCAUGAAAUAUCCUAUAUCAUCCGCUGGAAUGCCACUCUAUCAUUGACGCGCGUCAUAUAUGAAUGGCUUUAAGGUGAGAGAAUCUUGGGGUAAUUUUCAUCUUUUUAUGAACUAACCCUUUAAAUGUGAAGAUUACGAUGCAUGUCUCCCAUGUGUGCUCACGUUUGAGUUUUGGGAUUACAGGGAGCUUUAGAGAUCAAAUAAAAAAAAUUAAGCACUUCGAUUAUGAUCAGUUGAACUUUUGUAAAUACCAGUCUUGUGGCUUUAAUAUACAGUAUGUCAUAAAAUGUGUGUGAACUGAUCAGAUGUUUAAUAAUGUUCAGAUUGUACAUAAAGUGUAAUGAUGAAUAAUGUUAACAGAUGUAAAUUCUGAAAAUGAGGAAAUGAAACCUGACUCUCAAUAAAUCGA